CCCCGGCCGGGCCGGGCCGGGCCGCGAGCGCCGCUCAGCGGGAGGGCGGCGGCGGCGGCGGCGCCAUGGAGGCGGCCCCCGAGCCGGGCCCCGUGCUGCGGCUGCGGCACUGCGGCGCCGCCAUCUUCUGCCGCCGGCCGCCGCCGCUCUGCCCUGCCUGCGGCCGCCCCCUGCUCGGAGCCGGCCUGGCCGCGGCCCCCGUGCGCCUCCCUUGCCCCUUCCGACACGGGCACCGCCAGCGCCGGGCGCUCCUCCUGCGGCCCGCAGCCGGCUCCUUCCUCGGGGGGUACGACGGCAGAGCCGACCUGCACGUGGGGAUAACCAACGGCGACGGAGUGGUAUAUAACUACGAUGAGGAGGGCAUUCACAGAGAUGAAACUGGAUGGGAACAGUGCAUUAGUGUCCCACUAGUACAGCCAGAUAUGUUUGAGCUUCUUCAGCAGUGGGAUAAGCUCCUAGAGGAAUUUUCUGUGGGAGAGGCCUGGCUUCCUCACAGGUAUGAAGAACAUGACUACAAUUGCUACACGUACGCACUAGCAUUCAUUAACAGUAUACUGACUGCACAAGGAAAGCAGCAAAUGAGUAAAAGUGAAUUUACAGAGAAAUUUGUGAUCCCACAGACAAAGAAUGCUUCUAAAUAUAUUACCCUGCAUCAGGAGCUAACUACUAAAGAUUUCUACAUUGUACCCCUUCCUGAUCAAGAAAACCAGGGUGGAAAUUGACAAGUUGUGAUGUUAAAACACCUAUGCAAAAUAUAAAGACACCCUAAAGCAAAAUACAACAUGAAAAUAAAGCCUUAAGACUCCAAAUCUCAGGGUUUAAGAUAUAUGAACUGCUUGAUGUAUUUAAAAAUACAACUUCAUGUAUGUUAACCUGCAUAUUACGGAAGGAUCGUGAAACUAAAUUUGUGUAUUUUGAAUGAAAUAACAUGCACAUGAUGUACAUGCUGCAGAAAAUUUCUAUGGAAACUGGGAACUAUGGAAAUUUUUUUUUUUUUUUACAUUCACUAUACACUGUGUUCUGCCAAGAGCCUUAAUAUCAGAAAUCAUAACUGCUGGGUAAUCAAGGGUUUUAACAAGCGAACUGUCGUAACUUAAGCUGUAUCAAACCAAACUAUCACUUUCCCUAUCUGUUUACAGAUAGGCAGAAAAGGAAUUUGUGCUUGCCUGCUGCUCAAGUCUAAAGUCUGUGACAAUGCAAAGUCAUUUUCCUUUACUUCAACUGCUAAUAAAUAUAACAAGUAAAUCCA